UUCCGGAAGUAAAUGUGCGGAGUGUCCGUUGUGAGUUGGUUGCUAUGCGACGUGUCCCGGAAGUGAAUGUGUACGUUGUGGCGUGUUGAAUCAUGGCUGCGUCAACAAUCAACAGUAAUAGCCAUCACAAAGGGCAAAAAUGUAACGAGAAGCUGCCUUUACAAGGCAGAGAGAUUGUUAAACCCUCCAUAACAGAGCUCACCAAAGAAGUGCGGACCAACAUCCUCUGUACGGUGGAAGGAUGCGGGAAGAUUCUGCCUAACACUCCAGCACUCAACAUGCAUCUGGUCAAGUCCCACAGAAUCAAGGAGGGUCUGGUCAACCCCACAAUUAGAAAGGACAUCAAGGAAUCACAAAAGCUCUACUGUUGCCCAAUAGAAGGCUGCCCAAGAGGAUCAAACAGACCCUUUUCUCAGUUUUCGCUUGUUAAACAGCACUUUAUGAAGAUGCAUGCAGAAAAGAAGCACAAGUGUUUGAAGUGCAGUAAUGGCUACAGCACCGAGUGGGACCUGCGGAGACAUGCUGAGGAUUGUGGGAGGACAUACAGCUGUACAUGUGGGUGUCCUUAUGCCAGUAGAGCAGCACUGCUCUCUCAUAUCUACAGAACAGGCCACGAGCUUCCCAAAGAGCACAGGUAUCCACCAGUGAAGAAGAGGAAAAUGGAAAGAUUGUCAAGCAGUGCAACAAAUUUGAUGUCGGAUGAACUAAUAAAUGAAAUUCCAGACUGUAUGAAAAAGCUCAGUGAAGGAGUAGUCCCCAACAUACUAUUCUCGGGGGCCUCAGACACAGCACAACACAACAUAAACCACCCUAGAAACACCCAGAAACUCCUUCUCCUGAAGCCCAAAGUGGCCCUAGUCAACUUUCCUAUUAUGCAGUUCACCCACCUGCCUGUUCUCCUCCCCUCUGCGGAAAGUAGUGCCUUGAGGUCGUUGGUCUUGUCUGUGGAUGCGCAAGGGUCUAUAAGCACUGUGCAUAUUUUGGCACCAUCAGUCAGCACAGUGGUGCCUGAUGUGAACAAUAAGACUUUCAAAGAGUCCUUUCCUGUGCAUACAUCAGGCCCAGAAACAAAUAGCACAGGGGUACAGGUCAAUCUUGAGAAUCAAGACUCUGUGGGAGAUCCAGUGGAUCUUGGAUCCAGAAACAAAAGCACUUCAACAAACAUUCAAACUGACUUAAGAUACCUCAACAAAGGGAUGGAUGCUGGACCAUUGACUGCUUCCCACUGCUGUGAGGCCUCAGUGUCCUCUUGUUCUCAGACAGACAUCAGUGUAAACGCUCAGAUUCAGCUGCCCGUCAAUGUGCAAUCCCAGACGCAACCCUCGCGAUUCAAAGCCACGUUUUCCAUUGGAGCACAGACAGAUGUUUUCAGCUUCACUUCCUUUAAUGUGACCCGAGAAACACAAACAAGCUGUUCUACAGCCCCAGUGGAUGAAAGCCAAAUGGACCAAGCAAUGUGCACAAAUCUUUUCGAUUCUGAUACUCUGAGUGUCUCCACUCAGACUGCAGUGGCUGAUGCACAUUUCAGAGCUAGUGGUCUAGAAGAUCAUCUGACCAGCACUGGAGCUGGGUUUUUUGAGGACAAGACUUCUGCAUCCAUGUGUUUUGGGGCCCAGACUGACAUUUUGCAUCAAAACACAGUAGCAGACAACCAGACACAAACCAUGAUACUCUUCCGUGACCUUGAAAAUAUACUUUCUGACAGCAUGACCGGGGCAGCUUCAGGCUGUCCCUCCGGUUUACCUGCUACGCAUGAACCGCAUCACACUGGCAUUGACUUUGACUUUGAAGAGUUCCUUAAUGCGACACACAUUCAGACUCAGACGGAAGAAAGUGCUUUGAACAGUCUGAACACAGCAACAUUGGAACUCCUAGAUAUUGAGACACAGACUGACUUCCUGCUCUUCGACAACCUUGGUAAUGGGCACAACGGUGACGUUGGAACAAGGGUGCCACCAAGUGAUCUGGAGCUUGAGAUGUUUGACACUCAGACCCAGACAGACCUCAACUUCCUGCUAGACACAGGUGGGCACAUGCCCCUUGGCAGUAUCCUCAGACAGUCUAGUUUCAGCAUGAGCACCGAGUCCUCAGACACAGAAACACAGACUGAUGUCAGGCCUGCUCCACUUUCUCUGCCAUGCUCCCAUGAUGGGCAGGUGAGGCUCAGCAGUGCUGAAACCCAGACUGUAUCUAGUUCCUUUCAGAGCCUUGGCCACCUCUUCCACACUACCAAUGAGACCCAAACAGCAGUGGAUGACUUCCUUUCAGCUGACUUGGCCUGGAACAUGGAGUCUCACUUUAGCUCGGUGGAAACCCAAACGUGUUAGGAACUCGUCUCACUAUUUUGACACUAUGGGAAAGCCAAGAGCUAAAGGCUCCAUCAAAGGUGAUUUGGCUGAUUUAGCUCAGAUAAUGAAGGAGUCAUACCUAGUAUCUCUCCUGCAAGGGUGGCAGAACAAAACAGUCCCUACCAACCAUUUAGAGCUCAAGAAUUUAGUUUUUAGACACAAGUCGUCCACAAUAAGGCAUUGCAUAUAUGCCCAAGUCUAAGGAUGUAUUAAUAUACUUUUGCAGCACUUUAUCACCUCACUAUUAAUGUUCAACAUAUAUUGUUAGUCCUAAAAGUAUUUUGUUUUUGUACAUGCUGUUUUUUUAACCUUGAGCUUUUUGUUUGCUUUGUGGUAUAAACAAAUGCAUGUUACAUUUAAUAGUGCAAUGACCUAGACGCAUCUAAAUAGCCACUGUGAGAAUAUUUAGGUCUUGAUUCAUUACAGAAUUCAUGCAAAUGUUUCUUGCUGACUGUUAUGGCAUGAUAAUAUAAUCGUUACAUCCUAAAUCAGUUGAAUUUGCAUCUUAUGCAUGUUUCAGACAUCGCAUUUCCUUCAAAACUGAGAUGCGGAUUUGCUCUUGUUUACUGUGGUUUGCGUUCUGUACUGUGAGUAGAUUCAGAUACGCAAACCACAAAUGUUUACUGUUAAACAAAACCUUUAAUAUUUCUUUGAAAGCAAGUAUCUGUUUUCGUGGAAUAUGUUCCUCCCUCCUUAUGAUUUCAGUUAAAAGUUUACACAUAGUGUAUAAACCUUUUUGUUGAUGCCUUAAUUCAAGUGUUAAUAUGCUUUCGAUUGAGAUAAUGAAACAGUGCUGCUUAAUGGAGAUGCAGAAAUGCUGAUCUUUGUGUUUUCAUUUUCUUUAUUCCCGUUUUCUUUAUUCAUACAUAUUUGUUUUUGGUUCUUAUGAACGUUUCAACUUUGUGUGUCAAAAUUCACUACUCUUUGGCCUUAGUACACUAAAUAUAAAAGGCAACCAUAGCUUUUUUUUUUAUUCAGCAUUGUGUGUGUGCGUGUGUGUGUGUAAGUGGGAUAUGCUUCUAAUUUUUUUCAUUUU